AUGCAGACACAUCUGAAAGAGUCCAGAGUGGUCACGCUCAUGAGCCCUGUUGAAGAGGCGAGGGAGGGGAAGGGAGAGGGUAGAGAAGGGAAACAGAUGGCCAAAGGUACAAAAGGGGCAGUGCAAAUCCAAGUGGAGGAAAAAGAAGAUGACACAGAGGAGAGCUCAAGUGAAGAAGAAGACAAGCUACCUAGAAGAGAGAGCUUGAGACCAAAGCGGAAACGGACCAGAGAUGUUAUCAACGAGGAUGAUCCAGAACCGGAGCCAGAGGAUGAAGAAACAAGGAAGGCAAGAGAAAAAGAAAGGCGGAGGAGGCUGAGGAGAGGAGCGGAAGAAGAGGAAGAAAUCGACGAAGAGGAACUAGAGCGAUUAAAAGGACUGUUAGAUGAGAACAGACAAAUGAUUGCGACUGUCAAAUGCAAACCCUGGAAAAUGGAGAAGAAAAUUGAAGUUCUCAAGGAAGCAAAGAAAUUUGUGAGUGAAAAUGAAGGGGCUCUUGGGAAAGGAAAAGGAAAGAAGUGGUUUGCAUUUAAGAUGAUGAUGGCCAAGAAAUGGGCAAAAUUCCUCCGUGAUUUUGAGAACUUCAAAGCUGCCUGUGUCCCCUGGGAGAACAAAAUCAAGGCCAUUGAAAGUCAGUUUGGCUCCUCAGUGGCCUCAUACUUCCUGUUCCUGAGAUGGAUGUAUGGCGUUAACAUGGUUCUCUUUAUCCUGACAUUUAGCCUCAUCAUGUUACCAGAGUACCUCUGGGGCUUACCAUAUGGCAGCUUACCUAGGAAAACAGUCCCAAGAGCUGAAGAGGCAUCUGCGGCCAACUUCGGCGUGCUGUAUGACUUCAACGGCCUGGCACAGUACUCUGUCCUCUUCUAUGGCUAUUAUGACAAUAAACGCACGAUUGGAUGGCUGAACUUCCGGCUACCUCUCUCCUACUUCCUGGUGGGAAUCAUGUGCAUUGGAUACAGCUUUCUGGUUGUCCUCAAAGCGAUGACCAAAAACAUUGGUGAUGAUGGAGGUGGUGACGACAACACAUUCAACUUCAGCUGGAAGGUGUUCUGCAGCUGGGACUAUCUGAUUGGUAAUCCCGAAACAGCUGACAACAAAUUUAAUUCUAUCACAAUGAACUUUAAGGAAGCCAUCAUAGAGGAAAGGGCAGCCCAGGUGGAGGAGAAUAUCCAUCUCAUCAGAUUCCUGAGGUUUCUUGCCAACUUCUUCGUGUUCCUAACACUUGGUGCAAGCGGAUACCUCAUCUUUUGGGCUGUGAAGCGAUCCCAGGAAUUUGCACAGCAGGAUCCUGACACCCUUGGGUGGUGGGAAAAAAAUGAAAUGAACAUGGUGAUGUCCCUCCUGGGGAUGUUCUGUCCCACCCUGUUUGACUUAUUUGCUGAACUGGAAGAUUACCAUCCUCUCAUCGCUCUGAAGUGGCUCCUGGGGCGCAUUUUUGCUCUGCUUUUAGGCAACUUGUAUGUAUUCAUUCUUGCCUUGAUGGAUGAGAUUAACAACAAGAUUGAGGAGGAGAAGCUUGUGAAGGCCAAUAUUACCCUGUGGGAAGCCAACAUGAUUAAGGCUUACAACGAGUCCCUCUCUGGGAACACCACAGGACCACCCUUCUUUGUUCACCCCGCAGAUGUGCCUCGAGGACCCUGCUGGGAAACAAUGGUGGGACAGGAAUUUGUGCGUCUCACCGUUUCCGACGUUUUGACCACUUACGUCACGAUCCUCAUUGGUGACUUCCUCAGAGCGUGUUUUGUGAGGUUCUGCAACUACUGCUGGUGCUGGGAUUUGGAAUAUGGAUAUCCUUCAUACACAGAAUUUGACAUCAGUGGUAAUGUCCUCGCUCUGAUCUUCAACCAAGGCAUGAUCUGGAUGGGCUCCUUCUUUGCUCCUAGUCUCCCAGGCAUCAAUAUCCUCCGACUCCACACAUCCAUGUAUUUCCAGUGCUGGGCCGUGAUGUGCUGCAAUGUUCCUGAGGCCAGAGUCUUCAAAGCAUCAAGAUCCAACAACUUCUACCUCGGCAUGCUACUGCUCAUCCUCUUCCUGUCCACCAUGCCCGUCCUCUACAUGAUUGUCUCCCUCCCGCCAUCUUUUGACUGUGGGCCCUUCAGUGGUAAAAACAGGAUGUUUGAAGUCAUUGGGGAGACCCUGGAGCACGAUUUUCCGAGCUGGAUGGCGAAGAUCCUGAGGCAGCUCUCUAACCCCGGCCUUGUCAUCGCGGUCAUUCUGGUGAUGGUUUUGACCAUCUACUAUCUCAAUGCUACUGCCAAGGGACAGAAAGCAGCGAAUCUGGAUCUGAAAAAGAAGAUGAAGAUGCAAGCUUUGGAAAACAAGAUGCGAAACAAGAAAAUGGCAGCGGCUCGAGCAGCUGCAGCUGCUGGUGGCCAGUAA